ACCUAACAAAAACAGGUAGCCGUAGCUGGUAUGCAAUUGCAAUGUCAAACGACACUACUACUGAUUCCCUGGAGACUGACGACGUCAGCAUCACCAUGAAUUUCGACGACACUGAACUGACCUUGGGGUUACCUGGUGAAGGUCGUUCCCCGGCAGCUGUAACCGGAGGAAAGAGCUGUGCCAAACGAGGAUUCAUGGAGACCGUUGAUCUUAACCUUGGGAGCUCUCACUGCCAGCAACACGGGACGACUACCCAUGUAAACAAUAACUCCGAAAGUCCAACCGGAAAACUCCCAGCUGCCAAGGCGCAAGUUAUUGGGUGGCCGCCAGUUCGAUCUUUCAGAAAGAAGGCACUAGAGAAGUCCGGUAAGCUUGUAAAAGUGGCGGUAGAUGGAGCACCGUAUCUGCGAAAAGUGGACCUGGAAAUAUACAGUAGCUAUGAAGAGCUACUGAGGGCUUUAGAGAAGAUGUUUACCUGCUUCACCAUCCAAGGCAAUGGUAUGGAGGAAAGCAAUAAGGAGAUGGGUCCAGUUGCAGUGAAGGGAAGGGAAUAUGUGGCAACAUAUGAAGACAAGGAGGGCGAUUGGAUGUUAGUUGGAGAUGUUCCUUGGCAAAUGUUCAUGGAAUCAUGCAAUCGUAUCCGAUUAAUGAAAAGCUCGGCGGCUAUGGGGUUAGGUAACUGAUCUCCUCCUCCUCUA